GAAUGAGUCAGAUUGAUUUGUGUUUCUCUUGAUUACCAUCCAAUUCGAUUUAUCAAAAACCACCCAACCAAUCCAUCCAUCCAUCCAUCCAUCAAUCCUUUAUCAAUUCAAAACCAACGAUCCAUUCUCAAUUCGUAUCAAUCAAAUCACCAAGAUGAGAUCUAAAUUCAAAGACGAACAUCCAUUCGAAAAACGAAAGGCUGAAGCAGAACGAAUUCGUCAAAAGUACCCAGACCGUAUUCCAGUGAUUUGUGAAAAAGCAGAUCGAACCGAUAUUCCAACGAUUGAUAAGAAGAAAUAUUUAGUUCCAUCUGAUUUGACCGUUGGACAAUUUGUUUAUGUGAUUCGUAAACGGAUCAAAUUAGCACCUGAGAAGGCGAUCUUUAUUUUUGUGGAUGAGGUUUUACCUCCUACGGCGGCUUUGAUGAGUGCUAUUUACGAAGAACAUAAAGAUGAAGAUGGGUUUCUUUAUGUGACUUAUUCAGGAGAGAAUACGUUUGGUACUAAAUCAAUCGAACCUAACUCUGAUCUUUCAACUUGAACCGAUGAUCCUAUUGCGUUCUUUUUUUUAAUUUCAACCAACUUCUUAUGCUUUUUUCAUAUCCCACACUAAACUUUUAAAAACACCUAACCGCCAAACCAAACCAAGUUGUUGUGAUUCUUUUUUUCCCCAUUUUUUUGUUUUCUUUUUUGCGUCGUGUUGUGUGUUAGUAAAAUUGAUAGUUUUUUUUCUUUGUGACGGAGUGAAAGAGAGAGAAAGAGAGAGAGUUGGAUACAUGGAUUAGACUGUUGCAUGAACCGAAGCUCCGUGUAGGAGUUUUUGGAUUUGUUUUUUUGUUCCUUUUUGCUUUACUGUUUAUGUAAUAAGAUAGUGACUGAUGUGAACGUG